GUGACUUGGAAGAUACAAGUAUCAUAUCUACCGUUUAUAUAUCGUAUACUUAUUAUCAAUACGAUGAGGAACCGUUAUAUUGGUGUAACUCUCUUGGCUGCUCUUAGUUUUACAGCUGGUCAACAUAUAUACUCCAGAGAGAUGGCAGAUGAUCAUGACGAAGUCCUUCAAAAUGAAAUAAAUCAGCUCAAAGAAGAACUUGUUGCCAUCAAAGAUACAAUUGAUUUCCAAUCUUCACUAACCAAGACUCUGGAAAACAUGAAGAAACAAGAGACUGUGAUCUUUGAUAAGGUGUCGUUAAACGAAGGAAACGCAUACGAUAAGACAUCCGGAGUAUUUACAGCACCGUCCGAUGGAAUCUAUUCUUUUUCAUGGACAAUAUUAACAAAAGCGGGAAAAUAUUUUGUCUCCGAAAUUGUGCUGAAUGGCCAAAAAGUUGCAUACAAUAAUUCCGAUGGAAGGGGUCACCUUGGAUGGCCUCUGUCAACCUCACAUGCUAACAUCAAAAUGAAGAAAGGAGAUAAAGUCUGGAUCAGAACCAAGGACACAACGGGUCACUAUGCCCAUGGUGAUGAUUGGUGUUGUUUUUCUGGAAUAAAAUUAUAGACAGUAUAUCUAUAUAAAUAUCAAAAUAAAGCAUUUGAAGGUUUAAAAAGUUCAAUAGUUUUUGUAUUUUCCUACUAGUAUGCAAAGGAAUUCAUGACCGUCUUGAAAUACAAAAAUAUAAAAUAUUAUACAUACACAUUGUUCAUUUUGUGGUUUUAAAAUUGUACUCAGUACAGUGGCUUUAGACGCUAACGAUAGUCUAUCUCUUUAAUUAAUUCCAAAAGGAAUGAGCUUGAAACAACAUGGAGACGUAUAAAACAUUGCAUGUACAAUAACUAAUGCAAUAAAUUACGUAUAAUUGCAUACAGUGUAUAUUGAAACUUACAGGUUUAAUAAAAAUAUUUGAUGCCGAAUUCAA